UUCAACCUGGUCCACUCCACGAAGAAACAACCCGCUCCUAAAUCUAAAACUAACAAUGUUCUUCCACUUCCGCUGACACAUGCGAUAACCAACUGAUUGUCACUGAAGGAAAUCCUCUUUAGUAAUGACAAUGUUGGGUAUGUAUGUGCCAGACAGAUUCUCCCUGAAAUCGUCAAAGGUCCAGGAUGGAAUCGGUCUGUACACGGCGAGGCGAGUCAAAAAGGGGGAAAAGUUUGGGCCUUUUGCUGGUGAGAAAAAGCUGCCUAGUGAGCUGGAUGAAAGCUCCGACACCAGGCUGAUGUGGGAGGUCCGAGGCAGUAAAGGAGAUGUUCUGUAUAUUCUGGAUGCUAGUAACCCACGUUAUGCCAACUGGCUGCGGUUUGUCCAUCAGGCGCCGUCGCAAGAGCAGAAGAACUUGGCAGCCAUUCAGGAUGGAGAGAACAUCUUCUAUCUGGCUGUGGAUGACAUAGACACAGACACAGAACUCCUGAUAGGCUACCUGGACAGUGAUAUGGAGCAAGAGGAGGAGGAAGAAGAAGAGGAAGUCAUCAAAGAUGACGAUGAGAACAGUAAAGAUUCCAAGCAUCUUGUUGAAAUGGAGCUUGUAAUAAAGAAGGAGGACCACCCGUGCUUGCUGUGUGAGAGCAGUUUUCCCAGUGAGGAGAUCCUGGCCGCCCACCUUCAGAGUCUACACCAGAGGCCCAGCACAGAGGAGAAGGAGUUCAAAUGCAGGAACUGCGGCAAGAAGUUCCCCAUCAAACAGGCUCUGCAGCGCCAUGUUUUGCAUUGUUCUGAGUCACUGGAUCCGUCAACUGACUCUAAAGUUCACCAGUGUUCCCUGUGCCACAACACAUUCAGCUCAGAAUCCAGUUUUGAACAACAUAAGGAAGCCUGUAAAGGAGAUGCCAGGUUCAUCUGUAAAGCAGAGAGCUGUGGCAAAAGAUUCAAAAGUAAAGAUGCUCUGAAGAAACAUAAAGGAAAUGUUCACACAGGGAGCGCAAGACGGAAACUCACAUGCACCAUAUGCAACCGAAAAUGUUCCUCUUCGCUUAAUCUGCAAGAACAUCGAAAGGUACAUGAAAUAUUUGACUGUCAUGCAUGUGACAAGAAGUUCAUUUCUACCAAUCAACUGAAACGCCACAUGAUCACACACUCAGAGAAGCGACCUUAUACCUGUGAGAUCUGCAAUCGAUCAUUCAAGCGUUUGGACCAAUCCACGGCUCAUAAGAUCAUCCACAGCGAGGACAAACCAUACAAAUGUAAACUGUGUGGGAAGGAGUUUGCUCACCGUAACGUCUACAAGAAUCACAAGAAGACCCACUCGGAGGAAAGACCCUUCCAGUGUGAGGAGUGCAAAGCCUUGUUCCACCCCUUCUCUCUACAACGUCACUUACUCAUCCACAAUAGUGAAAGGACAUUCAAGUGUGACCAGUGCGAUUCCACCUUCAAGAGGAAGGACACACUCAACGUCCACAUCCAGGUGGUGCACGACGGCCAUAAGAAGUAUAAGUGCGACCUGUGUGAGAAGGCCUUUGUCACUCCUUCAGUUUUGAAGAGUCACAAGAAGACCCACACGGGGGAGAAGGAGAAGAUAUGCCCAUACUGCGGACAAAAGUUUGCGAGCAACGGCACACUAAGGGUCCACAUCCGCAGCCAUACAGGUGAACGUCCAUACCAGUGCCCGUACUGUGACAAAGCAUUUAGCAAGAACGAUGGCCUGAAGAUGCACAUCCGCACACAUACUCGAGAGAAGCCGUAUAAGUGCAGCGAGUGUAACAAGGCCUUCAGCCAGAAAAGAGGACUGGAUGAGCACAUGAGGACCCACACUGGAGAAAAGCCCUUUCAGUGUGAUGUGUGUGACCUGUCAUUCAGCUUGAAGAAGAUGCUCAGCAGGCAUAAGCUCACUCACAACCCCAACCGGCCCAUGGCCGAGUGCCAGCUGUGCCAUAAGAAGUUCACCAGGAACGACUACCUCAAAGUACAUAUGGAGAAUGUCCACGGGGAAACAGAGAGCUAGAGCCAAUUAUGGAAGCACUGGCUGAAAAUGAUAUCUGAUGCCACAGAUAAAGUUCAGCCUCAUGCUUCAUGCAACCAGUAUGGCCUAUAUAUACUGUAUAGAGAUGGAUAGAUAGCAGAAAUUCUGCUAUUAAAAUACAUGGAAAACAUUAGGGUGAGCAUAAACACAGACUGUGUAUUUGUCAUUUUUCUUGUACUGUUUAGAGAUUGUUUUGGAUAUUUUAAUGAACACAAUCCAAAAUAAUUACAUAAAUAUGUGCCACCAGAGCUGCCGUGUCUGGUCAUUGUUAAAAUGAAGCGCCUGCCGUUUCUUUUUAAUAUCUAACCAGUGUUACUGUUCGACCUGAUACAGCCUGACCUCUUUCACUGUGCUAUUUACAGACCAACUGUCUGAACAUCUUACUGUAAAUCAGACCAAAGAUCAUUUUUUACAUUUACACGUUUCUGUUACAGUUUUUGUCUAAGCGUACUGAACUCCAGAACUGUGGUCCUCCUGUUCUAGUUUGACAAUAUCACCUGUUAGAAGUAUUAAACCAGGAUGGUCCGCCAGGCUGUUUUCGUCUAUCUAUCACUACAGUCUCAUUUUUAGACAUAAUUUUUUUUAUUUUAGUUAUGAAGGAACCAAACAAAUGUCCCAUAGACUCCCAUUGGAGGUUCAGUCUUAAAUCUGAAUAUUUUUUUGUGAUCCGCUUCAUGACUGUUACAGCAUUAAGUCCAAUAGUGCCUUCUGUUUCUCUUCAUUUCCAUGGCCUGUUGUACAAACAUCAGUUUUGCUAAAUGUGUGUUACUGUCAUGUUCCAAGUUUUGCUCGGGACAAAAAGGUACUGUUUAUUGACUUUAGCAUUGAAUUGUAAAGUUUGUUUUUAUGUGAGUGGCCCUGGGCUGCUGUGCCUUACUCUCUGUAUUUAUGCUGUUCUUUAAUUUUUGUUCUGUGUGAGAUUUCAUGUAUUUCAGUAGAAGUGCAAUUUGUUCCUGUUUUAUUUCCAGAAGCGUUUGCUUGGUCCUGGACUGUUCCUCUGAUUAAUGCCCAUUUUCCAGCUGUUUAUUCUAUAUCUGUAGACUGUGAAUUGUCACUUCACACGUUUAUAUUUUGAAAUGUAUAAAACCUCAUCACUUAACAAACA